CUCUGAAACACAUUCACCAUGACUGGUCGCGGCAAAGGAGGUAAAGGACUCGGUAAGGGAGGCGCCAAACGUCAUCGCAAAGUUUUGCGUGACAACAUUCAGGGCAUCACGAAGCCCGCCAUCCGACGUCUUGCUCGCCGUGGUGGUGUCAAGCGUAUUUCUGGUUUGAUCUACGAGGAAACUCGUGGUGUUCUGAAGGUGUUCCUUGAGAACGUCAUCCGUGAUGCCGUCACCUACACAGAACACGCCAAGAGAAAGACGGUCACCGCCAUGGAUGUCGUCUACGCUCUGAAACGCCAGGGCCGCACUCUGUACGGUUUCGGCGGUUAAGUUUCACCGACCAUUCCACUGCUUCCGGCCCAAUCGGCC